AUGGAUAGAGUGACAUUUCAAACGCUGGAGGCGACAACAUCCGAUAUACCGCUUGGAAUUACAUUUGAGACGCUAACGGAAACGACAUCUGAAGUGUUGAAUGUUGCAGAACUUCAGACAUUUACGGAGAUAGAAUUUUUGACAACUGUGGCUGAUUCUAUCUCAUCGAGCUCGGAAACAGCUUUUUGGGCUUCAGAAAGUUACAUUUGA